GUCUUCCUGGACUGUUCCUUUGAAACCGCGCCUCUUUCUCUCUCUUUAUCUUUAUCUCUCUCCCUCUCUAUAAAUACCCUAUCCUUCAUACGUAUUUUUUGCGUGUGUAAAUAAUUUAUCACAUAUUUAGAGAGAAGAUCUGUAUAUGUUACAAAUAUGAGUAACAGAAAGCGUGUGGAAGACGAGCCAGGCAACACUCAAAUAUUCAAGAAAGGUUGCAGCGAGAUUAAGCUAUUUGGCGUGCCGAUCACUGUGCCGAGCGACGGCGGCGGCGGCGGCUCAGCCUCCAUGAGAAAGUGCAAGAGCAUGGAUAACUUAGAGGCAUGCGCCUCCGCCUCCGCCGCCGAAGAACCCUCAGGAUAUCUAUCCGAUGGAUUUGUUCAUCAAUAUUCUAAAUCACACCAAAGAAAGCCAGGGAAACCGUGGAGUGAGGAGGAGCAUCGAUCAUUCUUAGAGGGUUUGGAGAAACUGGGCAAAGGAGACUGGAAAGGAAUUGCAAGCAAAUUUGUACCCUCAAGAAAAUCUUCCCAAGUUGCAAGUCAUGCUCAGAAAUAUUUCAACCGAUUGAAUUUGACAGCAUCCAAUAAGAAACGGCGUCGUGGCAGCGUUUUCGACAUUCACCCCACACAUACUAAUGCGGCUAGUAGUUCAGCUGCUGCUUCCAAGAAUAUAGGCGAACACAAACUACAGCCACAUGUUGAAAGGCCGCCUCUUUCACCCAUGCAACCCGACUUCCACGGUUUAAUCUACCUGCAGCCAAGUGCCUCAGGGUUAACGAAAUGGUAUCCAGCGGCCCAAGCAGUUAUACCAAAUAGUCCUUCCUUGGCCGCAUGUGGUGUAUUUACCACUCCAGAGUGCUUCUUUUGGGCCCAAUAAGUUCCCGACGUCGUUUCAAGCAGCCUCCUCACCUUCUGGGACUAGUAAUCAUGAAUUGAAUCUUAACAUUAGUAAAUUGACACUGUGAAUGUGCUCUCCUCACCCAUUUUUGUUCAUUUUUUACACAACCCCAUUUUUGAAAUUAUAAUUUUUUUUUUCAUUCUACGAUGCUACACAUGUAAAUUAUGAUUGAGCUUUCGUUAUUGAACUACAAUGCUUUGGUACAAAA